AUGGCCAGUCCAGGGGCUGCUUUCUGCUGUCUGGGUGCCUUGUCCGGAGUGGGGGCCUUAGGCCUGGCCUCCUAUGGGGCACACUUAGCCCAGUUCCUGGAUGCCUACAGGAAGGAGCUCUUUCACAAGACCAACAAACACCACUUUUUACACAGCCUGGCCCUGCUAGGGGUGCUCCUGUGCAGAAAGCCCCUCUGGGCAGGGUUACUGCUAGCUUCUGGAACUACCUUUUUCUGCACCAGCUUUAACUACCAGGCUCUGAGUGGACACCCCAGCGCCCAUACUUUGGCCCCUGUGGGAAGGAGCCUGCUACUCUUGGGCUGGCUUGCCUUGGCUCUUUGAGCUUCCUUGUGUUUAA